GUUGUUGUUAUGAGCAAGGGGGAGGCUGAACAGCUACGCCAUCUUUGCUUUUCCAUUGCGACUCUCCCCUUUCUCUUAUUCUCACCAAUAAUUAAUUUAAUUGUUUCAAUUUAAAUGUUUGUCUAUCACCAGUUAAUUGUUACACUUGGAGAAAAUCACAACAAUUAACUUGAUCACUUGGUCAUCAAUAGAUUUUCACAUCUUCUGUGUUCAUUUUGUUCUAUUCUUUUUUCUUGGUUUUCUCUUUUCUCUUUUCACCUUCCAUCACUUUACCUUUUUUUGUCUAUUUUGAUGCGAUUUUAAUUGUUGAUCAUCUUUACAUUUAAUUUCUUAACCUUGGUAACUGAUUAAUUUUCUGAUCAUCUGGUUUUCUCUUUUAAUUGUUUUCCUGUUUGUUCUUUUGUUUUUGUUCUCUUUUUUGAUUUUACUUGUUGUUGGAUUUUCUUCUCUCUGUUAUGAAUCAACUAUUUAAAUUAACCAUUUCCUUCUAUUGUUUACCAAUUCCAAUGAAUCAGCUGUUAACAAUCGACUAAUUUUAAAUUCAACUGAUUAUCUUUUUCCUCCUGUAAAUCAUGAGAAAAACAAUCAAUGGUCAUGGUAACAAACUUGGUAAUUCAAUCUAUCGAUACAAGUCUCAUAACCAUUUAUAUGGUCAAUUGUUGUGUUUCUUUGGGAUGAUUAAUGUUAAUUUGUACAACACAAUGAUGAAUUUUCCCUGUUUAAAUCAAAGGUGAUUAAGGAAUGGUAAAGACUUUCAAAAGUCCGACCGAUUGAAACUCAAUGGAUUUGGUUAUUUGAAUUCUCUAUGGAAUUAAGGUAAUCUAAUAACUAAUCUGAUUCCACUCAAGAGGAUCCGAGUGAUAAAAACACGAAGAAAACUGAAUCAGGGGCAAUCAAUGUUGAUUCAGUUUGUGAGAUGGAAAAAAAUGAAUCAAACAAUUAAAGAUAAUCACCAAUGGUGAUUUACUGAUUGCUAAAGUGUCCAGAAUAGAUUGUCCAGUUUCGAGGAUUUCGACCGCAAAAAAAGGACCAAAUUGCCCAAUUAAAUCGGAGAGGGAGAGAGAGAGAGAGAGAGAAAACAAAUAUCCAAGGAGGAAUAUCUUUCAUCUGUUAUAAUCGUUAAUCCAUCAUCGUUAAUCCACCAAUAUGGAUUAUCCAUUAUUCAUGAAAAGUAUUCUUUUCCUGGCAAAUUUGGUUUGUCUUUUUGUUUCCAUAAUUUGUUUCACCAUAGAUUCUGAUCGUUGGCAUGAAUAUCUCUCAUCAAUUAUAACUCUUGUGGUGACAAUUUAUGGUUUCGCGAUUUCUUGUCAAAUUAAUCAAUGUCUUCUACUCUCAUUUACCAUUGCAUCAGCCAUUGAUUUCCUUGUUAAUUUGGCAAACAUAAUAAUCAUGAUUAUCUUAACCGUUCGUUGGAAACGAUUCUGUAAUGUUGGUGACACUUAUUUCGAUGAUGGGUCAGGAUGGACCUGUCAUGAUCUAAAUUACAAAGGUUAUUGGGGAUUCGUUUACGCUGAGAUUACACUUUUGCUGAUCGGAUUAAUUUCCAGGAUUCUAACAGCAAUGUCAUCGUUUUUCCUGGUUAAAUACUAUUUCAAUGAUAUAAAAAAUGAACACGAUUAAUGAGCCAAGUUGAUUGCCAAAGAAAUAAACGUAAUCCAAAAGCAAAUUUAGUGGUGAGAGCAAAUCAACAACAACAAUUAAAAAGGAAACAAUUAACCGCCAGUAACAAUCAUCAUAUCAUAUGAUUGAAUCGCUUUCUCUUAAUCAUUAACCCAAUCAGAUUACAAUUCAUUUUCACCAAUUUUCAAUUUACUUACACUUUGUCCAAUUGUGAUUUCAAUGUAAUCCCAAAGAUCAAUUGAUCAACAACAACAUUUUGUAUUAACAUUACACAAUUAAAUCAAAUCUUGUAACAAUUAACACAAUUUGAAAGUGGAAACAUUUUCAACUCAUUUUUAGGAUUAACAUGAACUCCUUUCAAAUCCUUGAUUAGUGUAACCGAUUGUAACCAUUGAUAAUCUACAAUGUAUGUUAAUUGCUACAGAUUAAUUGUUUGCUCUCUCCUAAUUGGAUCAACAAUGGAGCAAUUAAUAUGUUUAGAGUUUAAAUUAUCUUUCCAAUUGUAAAUUGAUGAUUAAUCGUCUCUCUUCAAACCAAUUGCAAUUUACUUUGAUAAUAUUGUUUUCCAUUUUGCUAACCAGUGAUUUAAAUUGUUGUGACAAUUUGAUUUCUUUGUGAUUCUCAGGACGGAAUAUAUUUUAAUUCAAUUCUGUGUUUUACUGUGAUGAUUAACUCCCAAUGAUUAACCUUUCAAUUAAUCAGGCCAGUGGUUUCGUCGAUUACCUAACCCCACCAUUGGAAAAUAGCUCAUUGAAAUCUAAUCGAUCACUUUAUUCAUCUUCACAUCUUCAUCCGAUCACCAUUGAAGAAGCACCUAAAGUCCUUCUUUGGACUGGACUUUACCAGGACGGAACUUGGGAAAAUAGUGUUGAAAAAUUGGCCCCUUGUGGUGUUUAUAUUACCCGACAGAGGAAAUAUUUAGCCGAAGCUAAGAUAAUCAUCUUCCACUGGAGGAAUCUUGAAGUUACUGAUUUACCACCCAAAUUACCUGAUCAAAAAUGGAUCUGGUAUCAUUCAGAGUCACCUCAUCAUACCUGGAGGUCAAAUAUAAUGUCCAGUUUACAGAGUAAAUUUGAUUGUUGGGCCUCUUAUCGACAAGACUCUGAUUUUUAUAUUCCCUAUGGUCGGAUAUUACCUCGAACUACCAAUGAGACCAAAAAAUUGAACCAAAAGACGAUCAGAUUAGCGUCUAAACCUAAAUCAAUCGCUUGGAUGGUCUCCAAUUGUAAAGCACCUUCAGGUCGCGAUGAUUUUGUCCGACAAUUAUCAAAGUUCAUGCAAGUUGAUAUUUAUGGUGCUUGCGGUAAAUUGAAAUGUUCACUUCCUUCCGACUUUCGAUCGCAAAAGUGUUGGCAAAAAAUGGCCAAUGAGUACAAAUUUUAUCUCUCCUUUGAGAAUUCAAUUUGUCGUGAUUAUUUCACCGAGAAAGUGGUCAACAUCCUGGACCUUGAUAUUAUCCCAAUUGUUUUCGGUGGUGCAUCUUAUUCAACCGUUUUACCGGAACAUUCAUUCAUCAAUGCUCUCGAUUUUCAAUCACCUCAACAAUUAGCAAACUAUUUAAAUUAUUUGUCAAACAAUGAGACAGCUUAUAAUGAGUAUUUCACUUGGAAACAUGAUUAUUCAGUCCAAUUAAUGAUUCCAACUCGUUAUCAUGAUAUUUUCUGCCUAAUUCAUCAAGGAUUAUCGGGUCCUAAUCCGAAACAGUGUCAAGGUACCAACGGUGUUAAUCUGAUCAAAUGGUGGUACGGUGAUGCUAAUUGUAAGAAAUGGAAACCUGACAAAGGAUUAGUUGAUUUCCAUGUUUAUUAAUUUGCCACCAAAUGCACGUUAAUCAACCGAUCAACGGAUUAUUAAAUUAUUUCUUCCUCUCCUGCCAUCGGUUAAUCAACAAUCAAUCUAUCAAUCUAUUUAUUUGUAACUUAAUCAUCAUUUUGUAAUGUUGUUCAUUUCAGUGGAUAAAUUAUAUUAUAUUAUAUAUAAAAUUAUCGUUAAUUGUUAUAUUAAUCAAAUAAUCAAU